CCCGCGCGCGCGAUGGACCACGCGUGGUACGAACGCGACGUGGACGAACUCCUCGGGUGGCGCUCGAUCGCCGUCGGGGUCUGGUCCUCCGCGUUCGCUUUCGUCGCCGCGCUCCUCGCCGCGACGGCGCGCGCGACGUCCCAAAUCUCGAGACUCGCGCCGCUCGUCGCGCUCGACGCGUGGAUCCCGCGCGUCGCCUUCGCGCUGCUCUACGCGCUGACGACGCUCCCGUGCGUCGCCACGACGACGCGCUUUCUGCGACCGUCGCCCGCGCCGCUUCGGCUGACGUCGCGGCGCGCGCAGCGCGGCGGGUGCGAUCCGUGGCUCGUCUUCUCGCGCGCGCGCGAGGGCGCGUCGCCGGGGACGAUCGACGACGACGACGACGCGGCGGCGUACGUCGCGGCGCGGCGCGCGCCGAACCACCUGUUCCCCCCCGGGUGGGCGAGCUCGCGGUGGGUGCGCGCGCAGCACGCGGGCGAGACGGCGAGCGAGCGUGCGCGCGCGACCGCGGAGACGGCGACGCUCCUGCUCGCGCACGUCGCGUCGUGCGCGGCGGGAUGCGUCGCGUUCGCAUCGUUCGCGUCGCGCGCCGCCGCCGCCGGCUCCGAACAUAUGACCGCGACCGACCCUGGUGCAACGGAUCCGAUCCGCGCGGCGGCGACGCACGGGUGCGUCCUCGGGGUCGUUCUCUUCGGCGACCACCUCGCGAGCGACGCGAGCGACGCGAGCUACCCGCCGGGCGCGGCGCGGUCGCGGUGGCUCCGCGCGCGUCGGUCGCUCCCGCGCGCCGUCGCCGACGCCGCGAAGCUCGCCGCGAUCGCGUGCGUCGUCCGAGCGCUCGUCGAGACGACGACGCACGAGAACGGAUCGCUCACGAGCGGCGGUGUGGUAGGGUUCGCGCUCGGGGUCGUGACGCUCGUCGGCGCGCUCGCGACGGAGGUGCGUUCAUAUUUACACUGGUUCCCGUACGACCGCGUCGGCGUGGUGAACGCCGAUCCUUAA